AUGCUAGUUGCUUAUCAGGUUACUUUCUUUCAGAGUGACCCCAUCGUGCAUGGACCUGCUGAGGAACCAUGCCAGGCUGUGUGCAUUCAAGAGCCUGAAAUCGCAGCACCACCAGAACCAGCAGCAGCACCACCAGAACCAGCAGCAGCACCACAAGCAGAACUACUAGCAGACGUUCAUGGCAAGGUACACCUGGGCAAUGGCGUCUGGGUAGAAAAAGAGAGGUGGGAGCUGCUGCUGGGGCGUGACCGGGACUCCCUCUUCUGCAAGGAGCUUGCAAAGCUGGUGUGGGGAGUCCCGGCACUUAGAGGUCGGAGCGUCACAGGGGCUCCUUGUCGGCGGUACCUCAAGGAGGGCAACGCCAUCGAGAAGCCGGCAUUGAGCCCUCAUAAAUUGGAAGCUGUAGGUAAUGCAUUUGAUGCUUACCUAUCAAAAAAUGGGGCCUCAAAAGAAGAGCUGAAGCCAAGACGUGGAAAACUAAACAGAUAUCUUGCUGAUAUGCUCAGAGAUAUUAAAUAA